AAAAAAUAAAAAAGGAAAGAAAGAUAAGCAGAUGUGUUUCUUGUUUAUUUCGUCCGGAAGUGAAAUAAAAUUAAAUAACGAAGUGGGAGCUCAUUUUUGCCGAGUGUUUGUUGCUGGUAUCAGGGCUGAGAGCUGGUGCAUGGAGUGGAGAGCUCAGGAGUGCUCCCGCGGGAGAUGAUGUGUAGCCCUGGAGCUGGGUGCCGUGGCCCUGGCACUGGGGAAUCAUCCCGUGCUCCUGGAGCCGCUGGAUCCACAGUCCCACGCUCCCAGAGCUCAGUGCCCACCGCAGAGCCAGAUGCAGACCCACAGCCCCAUGGAACUGGGAGCCCAGCUGUGGGGUCACAUCUGGAGCUGGGCUGUGCUCAGUCCCGAAUCCCGGUGGGAAGGUGCCAGGCACAGCUGGUGGCACGGGCAGCGUGGCCGGUGACACCUGGCAGUGCUGGUAACCUCCAGCCUCCAACAGGAACCAUCGGCCCAUGAAAUUCUCCACAUUCCUUGGCUUCCCGGUGCUUGUUUUCCUAACACGGUUAAUAAACUGGCAUCCAGCUGGCACACUGCCGGACUGCUCCCCACUCUCUUCUGGGCUCCCUCCAGAAUUCCAGGGCCUCUUCUCCCCACCCCAGCUAUCCAGGCACCCCCACCCACACCGUAACUCCCAAACCAGGCCUGAUGGCUCCCAAAUGUGAGUAUCCGUGGGCAUGGCAGGCACAGCCCCUCCUGGGAGCAUCCUUAUCAUGGGGACUCAGCUGCAUCCACCCUCAUCGCUGGGCUUCUGUGAAUUAAACACUCAUCAUCACAAAGAUGUGAAGCUCAGCAUUAACACCGUGUCCAUGAGACGUGGAAACGGGAAUUACCUCUGCCAACACCCCGUUUUCCCCCCGGCCAGCAGGGAUCCAGGAAAGGCACCAGCCUCUCGCUCCCAAGGCAGCCCCGAGCGCCGCAGCCAGGCAGGGAAUGGAGGCUGUGGAAGCAAAUGGGCACCGGGAAUGGCACCCCAGAGCCCUGCCCUGCGCGCCUGGAUCCGGCCCCGCCGCACUUUGCCGGCCUCGCUCAGGUUUUACGAGGGAUGUGGGAGAUCCGCGAGGCUCCGUAAAGUGCAGCGGGCACGGGCUGAGUGCCUGCCCCGGCAGUGAUGGGUCAGAGGCCUCUCCCAGCUCCGGGCACCGCCAGCAGCACAGGGCCGGGAAUGGGGCUGGGAAUUGUGGGGAGGGGGAUGCUGCAGGUGCCUCCACAGCCCCUCGUUCCCAUGGCCGGACCCUGGAGGGUCUCCAUGCCACCAUAGAGCUCUCGGUGGAAGCCAGUCAGGGCUUGGCACUGGGUGAGCAGAAGAGGGGGUGACCACCAGCCCCAUUCCAGAUGGAAAUUCCCUGCUUGUGCCCCACUAGCCCCAAGUGGAGUCGGCAACUUCCAUCCCUGCCCAUGGCGCAUCAGCCGGUUCCUGACACGGCAAUCCCGGAGUCUCCCCUUCCCCGGAGCUGUCCCGGUCCCCCCGGAGCUGUCCCGGCCCCCCCGGCCCCCCACGUGCAGCACCGCUCCCGGGGACGCGGCCCCUUUAAGAGCCGAGUGGCGCCAAACCAGCCUCACGUGACCUCUUCCCGCCCCCGGUGGGCGGGGCCUCGGCGCGCGGGCUCCCGCCAGGAGAGAAGCGCGGGACCGGCCCCACGUGUUCCUGGGACGGGGAUCGGGAUCGGAACCGGGACCGGGACCGGGAUCGGGAUCGGAACCGGAACCGGGAUCGGAACCGGGAUCGGGACCGGGACCGGGAUCGGGAUUGGAACCGGGAUCGGAACCGGGACCGGGAUCGGGACCGCGGCCAUGGCCCAACUCCGCCUCACCGACUUCUUCGGCCAGACAAAAGCGACCACCGGAGCUCCGGCCAAGCGUAGCGGCGGCCUCCGGCUCAAGGCCGCCCUCGCCGGUCCCCCGGUGCACCGGGAGGAGGAGGAUGGUGUCCCGGCGGGGCUCAGCGCCCGCUCGCUGCCGCUGCCCGGCUCGCCGCGCACCCCGGCCCGCGGGGGCUCCCCGGCCCUGCGGGGCCUGGCGGGCAGGAAGCGGAGCCGCCGGGACAUGGAAGCGGAGUCGCCGGCCGGGGCCCGGCUCGGGGAGCCGAGCGGGAAAUCGGCGCGGAAGAGGCUGGAGCUGCCCCGGGAUGCGGAUCCGGGGUCUCUGGGAGCGGCCACCAGCUCCUCGCCUCUGGCCACUCCUCGACCCCCGACACCCCUGUCACGGGAGCCGGCCGUGUCCCCCCCGGCCACCACCACCAGCAGCGGCUCCCGCGGCCGUGGGCGGGACGCGGGGACAGAGCCCGGCCCGGCAGCCCCGGGCCCAGCCAGGCGCCUGCAGCGGGAGGACUUGGCCGAGCUGCAGGGCCGCCUGCAGAGGAUGAAGGAGCUGGGCCAGGUCCCCUCUGUCCCCAGCAGGACCAGCAGUGACCUGCGGAGCCGCCUGCAGCGGGUGCGGCAGCUGGAGCUGCGGGUGCGGCAGAGGAGAGCGGCGAGCGGAGCCGGGGACAGCGGGGCGGCAGCUCCUGAGGGACACACAGGCAAGAAGCCCCCGGCAUACCAGCGGUUCCACACCCUGGCCCAGGACCUGCCCCCGGGGCUGACGCUGCCCUACAAGUUCAGGGUGUUGGCAGAGAUGUUCUGCAGCGUGGACACCAUCGCCGGGAUGCUCUUCAACCGCGCAGAGACCGUCACCUUCGCCAAGGUCAAGCAGGGCGUGCAGGACAUGAUGCGCAGGCAGUUUGAAGAGCAGCACCUGGGGCAGAUCAAGGCCGUGUAUCCCAGCUCCUACCGGCUGCGCCAGGAGAAGAACAUCCCCACCUUCAGCAGCGGCGGGAAGAAGUCGGAGUAUCAGCUCACACUGGAGCCACUGGUGGGGGAAGAGGAGAAGGUGGAUGGGCACCCGCAUCUGUCGGCGUCGCGGCUGCUGGAGCGCCGGAGGGAAUUCCACCGCAACCUGGUGAACAUCGUCAGGGAGCACCACAAGGCAUUCCUGGCUGCCCUCAGCCCUCCCAUGGUGGUGCCAGAGGAGAAGCUGACCCGGUGGCAUCCCCGCUUCAACGUGGAUGAGGUGCCGGACAUCAGCCCCGCGGAGCUGCCGCGGCCACCGCAGGAGGACAGGCUGACCACAGCCCAGGAGGUGCUGAGCACGGCCCGGGGGAUGCUGAGCCCCAAGAUGGAAAAAGCUCUUGCCAACCUGGCCCUAAGAACGGCCGGAGCCGGUGCGGGGGAACCGACGCUUUCCAAAAGCCCGGCCCCUGCCAGCACCUCCAGCGCGCUCAAAGGGGUGUCCCAGGGGCUGCUGGACCGGAUCCGGGCCAAGGAGGCGCGGCGGCUGCAGGCGCUGCUGACGCGGGACGUGCGGCAGGAGGAGCGGGCGGCGCGGCUGGCGCGGCUGCCGGCCAUGGCGCGCGUCCUGCGCGGCGUCUUCGUGGCCGAGAAGAAGCCGGCGCUCAGCAUGGAGCUGCUCUGUGCCCGCCUGGCCGACAGCUGCCCCGAGCUGGUGGCGCCCGGUGAGAUGGAGAAACACGUGCGGCUCUUGGCCGAGCUGCUGCCCGACUGGGUGGGCGUCCACGCCCUCAGGACGGACACCUACGUCAAGCUGGACAAAGAGAAGGACCUGGGCCUCGUCACCGAGAGGCUCAACAAGGCGGCCAAGGAGGCCGGAGCCCUCUGAGCCCCUCGAGGGUUGAGGAUUUCUCUGUGCAAUCUCCUCGAAAUGUAGCAAAUCCCGGCGGUGCUCUGGGUUCUGGGGUGGGCUGGAGGGAGGCUCAUCCUCAGGGGUGCCUUAAUUUAAUGAAUUUCUGUGGUGGGAUCCUUGAGGAGUGUAGGUCCCCGUGUCCUCGAGCAAUCCUGCGUCCUGGGGUGAUGAUGAAAACCUGAGGAACCUUUUCCUCUUCUUUCCUGUGCUCUCCUGAAGGUUCAAUGCAUGAGGGGUCUCCUGAAGGUUCCAUUUCAGAGGUUUCUUCCAUUAACUGGGCCCUGGUGGGGUGAAGGCAGAACAGGGCAGGCUGAGAGGGUGACAGAUGGGAAGGAGUGAGAGAAAAAGUCACAAAUUGAUGUUUUUGGAGCUUCAGGCCUCGUUCUGUUUUUAAGGGAGGGAAAAUGCAUCUUCCAGUCCUCGCUGGAAACAACUACAGGACUUGUCAAAACAUAUUUGUAUUAAAUGUUUUAAAUAUAGUUGACUCGUGUUAACCCAGUGCUCUUCCUCGCUGCCUGUCUCGUGGUUCUCCAUGGCAAUUGGCGCCGGGAAGGGCUGGCUCCUC